GGGCGGGCUCUCGGACGACUUCUCCUCCGGCUCCUCCUGCUCCUCCGCCCGCUCCUCGACCCGGAGAGUCGUGCGCCAGCGCCCAGGCAGCCUCGCUCACCCCAUCCCAUCCCUCUGGGCUCUCGGAGGGCAGCGCUCCCGAGGUCAGAGUUGCCCGUGCGGUCGGGUGGACGAGCUCCGGCUGCAGCACGGCAACUUUGAAGAGGCGAGCAGCAGUCCCAGCCGCGGCGAUGACUCCCUGGCUCGGGCUCGUCGUACUCCUGGGCAGCUGGAGCCUGGGGCACUGGGGUGCCGAGGCCUGCACAUGCUCGCCCAGCCACCCCCAGGAAGCCUUCUGCAACUCUGACAUAGUGAUCCGGGCCCGAGUGGUGGGGAAGAAGCUGGUGAAGGAGGGGCCCUUUGGCACCCUGGUCUACACCAUCAAGCAGAUGAAGAUGUACCGAGGCUUCAGCAAGAUGCCCCACGUGCAGUACAUCCACACGGAAGCUUCCGAAAGUCUCUGCGGCGUUAAGCUGGAGGUCAACAAGUACCAGUACCUGCUGACAGGCCGUAUCUACGAUGGGAAGGUGUACAUAGGACUGUGCAACUUUGUGGAGCGGUGGGACCAGCUCACCAUCUCCCAGCGCAAGGGGCUGAACUAUCGCUAUCACCUGGGUUGUAACUGCAAGAUCAAGUCCUGCUACUACCUGCCUUGCUUCGCGAGCUCCAAGAAUGAGUGUCUCUGGACCGACAUGCUCUCGAACUUCGGCUACCCUGGCUACCAGUCCAAACACUACGCCUGCAUCCGGCAGAAGGGGGGUUACUGCAGCUGGUACCGAGGAUGGGCCCCCCCGGACAAAAGCAUCAUCAACGCCACCGACCCCUGAGCACCAGACCCUGCCCCAUUUCACCUCCCUCCCUUCCCGCUGAGCUCCCCUUGGACACUAACUCUUCCCAAAUGAUGACAAUGAAAUUAGUGCCUGUUUUCUCGCAAAUUUAGCACUUCGAACACUUAAGGAAAAGUCUGUACUGUCAUGUGGAGUUUAUUUGGAGACAUCCUCCUGGCCCUACCUUACCCCUUCUUUUUGGUUUUGACAUCACCCAUUUCCCCCCGGGAAUUUCUGGUGCCAUGCCAGAGAGAACGAGGAAUGUACACUCCUCUUCUUCGUGAUGACAUAAUCUAUAUUUUUUUAGGAAAACAAAAAUCAAAAAACUGCCCUCUUUGGGCAUGUCAUACCUAUGCCGCAUUCUUCUGCCCCACCUCCGCACCCCCCAGACCCUCCUCCCUUUGCCCUUCUCCUCCACCCCAGCACAGGAAGGACACAGGGAAGGACAGUGCUGAGAGGUUGGCCGUGUGAGGACCAGUCGAGGGUAGCAGAGAGACUCAAGGUAGGUGGGAGAUGGUGCACACUGAGGAGAUGCUAUGGCAUGUCCCAUCCAGGCUGGCUGUCUGGGUCUCUCUCAUGUAAGAGUGGGAAGGGGAAGGAAGAAACUGUAAAAGAGGGUCUGAGACAAUGCAGGAUACACAGUUCCCCCAGCCCAGCGAUACUCGGGUUGACCAGAUGUCUGAAUCUAGAGCAGCCAGCCAGGCCAUAAAAUAGAACUUUUCUAGUCAGUGAAGACUUAAAACAUCUGCCUGAGGUCAGGAGGCAAUUGGCCUGCCUUGUAAACAGCUCAGGUGAAAGACUGAGAUGAAUGUCUUCCGUCUCCCCGCCUCCCCCCAGAUUUCCUCCUGGAAAACUCAUUGGUAGAUUUGGCCAGGAGCUCUUUGCCCUUAAGUAAAUUGGAGAAAUACACACACCAUACACUCUCCACAGCUAUAGCCACGUAGACUCGGGUAGAGAACACUAUUUCCAGAAUCGCAUUUAGCACACCUACGGGGAUACACAUUUGCAUAUACCCACACGGGGACAUGGCUGAACUUUUUACAGGACACAGAAUUCUGUUCAAUGCUGUUAAAUACACCAAUAGUUUAAUCUCUUCUAUUUUGUUGUUGUUGCUUGUUUGAAGAAAAUCGUGACAUUCCAAGUUGACUUUUUUUUUUCAUGUUAAUUAAAAUUUGAGAUUCUGAACA